AUGUACGCUGAUCUCGUGGAGAAUGGAGGGCGGAGGUCCGUGAAGGAGCGCCUUAAUGGGAAUGGUACUAGUGGUCUUACUCGGCUGCAGUUAGGUUUUGAAUUCGGUUGUGGUUUCGCCAUCUACAAAAAAGCAAAGCCUUCAACCCUUUUGUUUGAACUUGUUCUUUCUUACUACUCUCGGGGUAUUGUGGUUGGCAUGAUCAUGGAGUUCAGAUCCAAGUCAUGCAGAGAUGAAAGGCUCCAGAUUGAAAGCAACGGUGGAGGCAAGGUGGCCCCAACAAGCAUACAAGAUCUGAGGUGUCAGAGUGCUAAAAAUGCUUCUUCUGGUCGUGCACACCAGAUAGGUAGCACUGGUAAGGAGGUGAAGGUGAAGAGAGGGAAAAGGACAGCUGCUAAACCAUCAAAAAGUUGGAGCUUCAGUGACCCUGAGUUGCAGAGGAAGAAGAGAGUUGUUGGCUAUAAAAUAUAUGCUGCAGAAGGCAAAAUGAAAGGCUCUCUAAGAAAGAGUUUCAGGUGGAUCAAGAAUACAUACACUCAAGCUCUCUAUGGAUGGUGGUGA